GAUCAGCUGAUCGCUCCACGUGGGGUGUCCGCAUUCCGUCGCCGCCGCUUCCUCUUUAAAGGGGCCGCGUCCACGUUUGUGGGUCGCAGCUCGGCGUGGCCACAAACUCCACCGCCGCUUCUCGCCUCGCUCACCUCCACCAACACCUCCACCUCCCUCCCUGCAUCGCCUGAAAUCGCGUCUUCACUACGCGAGUCCAACACCUUCACGCCGCUCGCUUCCUCCUUCGCCGUGACCCUGCCAGCAGCCUCUGACACCAAGCGAGGCCAUGCUGCUGUUGCGCGUGCUGUGUGCGCUGGUGUCCACGUUGUGCGUGCUGGGCAUGGACAACGGCCUCAUGAGGACUCCCCCCAUGGGCUGGCUCGCCUGGGAGCGCUUCCGCUGCAACGUGGACUGCAAAAACGACCCCGACAACUGCAUCAGCGAGCGACUCUUCAAGGCGAUGGCGGACCGCCUGGCGGAGGACGGGUGGCGCGAGCUAGGCUACGUCUACGUCAACAUCGAUGACUGCUGGAUGAGCAGGCAGCGCGACGCGCGGGGCCGCCUGCAGGCCGACCCCGAGCGCUUCCCCAGCGGCAUCAAGGCCCUGGCCGACUACGUGCACGCGCGCGGCCUCAAGCUCGGCAUCUACGAGGACCUGGGCACGCUGACAUGCGGCGGCUACCCUGGCACGACGCUCGCCGACGUGCAGACCGAUGCCACCACCUUCGCCGAGUGGGAAGUGGACAUGCUCAAGCUGGACGGCUGCUACUCCAACUCCUCCGAGAAGGCCGAAGGCUACCCCAGCAUGAGCCGUGCCCUCAACGCCACGGGCCGCCCCAUCGCCUACUCGUGCAGCUGGCCGGCAUACGAGGGCGGCCUCCCGCCCAAGGUCAACUACACGCAGCUCGGAGACAUCUGCAACCUGUGGCGCAACUACGACGACAUCGAGGACUCGUGGGAUUCCGUUCAGUCCAUCAUGGACUGGUGGGGCGACCACCAGGAGGUGCUCAUCCCCGCAGCUGCGCCCGGCCGCUGGAACGACCCUGACAUGCUGAUCGUGGGCGACUUUGGGCUGAGCUACGACCAGUCGCGCGCGCAGAUGGCUAUCUGGGCCGUGCUGGCCGCCCCCUAUUUCAUGUCCAACGACCUGCGCAGCAUGUCGGCCGCGGCGCGUGAGCUGCUGCAGAACCGCCUCCUCAUCCAGAUCAACCAGGACCCGCUGGGCCAUCAGGGCCGGCGCAUCAUCAAGGAGAAGUCCCACAUCGAGGUGUGGUCGCGGAACCUGACUGACGGUGCGUGGGCGCUGGCGUUUGCGAGCCGCCGCGUGGACAUGCCGUACCCGUACAGCGCCACGCUGGCCGCGCUGGGGGCUCCCGCAGGCUCCCAGUACUGGGUGAUUGACGUGUUCUCGGGGAAGCAGAUCGGCACCCUCAAGUCCGAGGAGAAGUUCACUGUGUCCAUCAACCCCAGCGGCGCCGAGAUGUGGUACCUGAACCCGACUGGUGCCACCGCCGUCGCCGAUCGGCCCCUGUGGAUGAAACCGCGCGCCCGCAUUCCCGUGCCUCCCGGCAACGACUUGCUGUGAUCGCAGCUCAGGAGGGAGGUGUGGUGGUUGGCGGCUCGCUAAUUCCCAGUUCACAAUUAUCACGGUUCUCUCUGCGUCGCAUCACAAUCAACCCCCAACACUUACUACUACUGCUAUGUUUCAUUAUUUUACCAGGUAAGGUCCCACUGAGCUAUACAUAGAGCUUUUUCAGGCAGUGACCUGGCCACAAUUGAUAGCUAAACGAAAGUGGCUUGUC